AUGCCAACCACAAUGAAUAAUUUCUUUCGUUCCUCCAAGUCUAACAAAAGAUCCAGUACCAAUACUAGUAGGAGUUCUAACAGUCAAGGAUCUGUUCCAAGUUCAUCGCCUCCACAACCAAUCCCGAUCAAAUUAAAUGUGGGCGGAAACUUGUAUAUAACAACUCAACAAACUUUAUGCAUACAUCCUUCGUAUCUUUCCGAAUUAUUUUUCUUGUAUCGCUCGCCUGAAUCAUUAUCAUCAUCACCACAACCAAAAAAACGCAGCAAGGAAUUAUUUAUUGAUCGUGAUGGUACCCAUUUCGAUCAUAUUUUGAACUUUCUACGUACAGGAACAUUACCAAAAAUAUCAUUAUCGAUUUUACAGAAAUUAGAAUGCGAAGCGAAGUUCUACGGUAUAAAACCAUUGAUCAAUCUGGUUUCUCAACGUAUACAAAAUCAUUUAAGUUUACCAAAAUUCAAAGUUGUUCCGAUUCAAUCUCUUUCUCAAGAAAAUAAUAAUAUUCUUCGUCCGAAUCCAAAAAUUUCAAUCUAUAACAGCAGCAAUAACAGCAUUAAUAAUAUUGAUGUUAAUUAUGAAGGAAAAGGCGAUGACGAUGAUGAUAUUUUUAAUAUGGUCAAUGAAAAUAUUAAUGAAUUUGGUUCAGGUGUCGGAUCAAGAUUAUCUUCAAAUCAAUCAUUCUACACUCAUCACAAUUUAUCUUUAUCUAAUCCUUCAUACGGCGAAGUUCCAAUCAUUUACAAUCCAAAAUUCAAUGAAUCUGAUUUGUUACAUCCAUAUUCAUCAAAGAAUAUUUCAACACGAUCGUUAUACAGUAACAACAGCAAUAACAACAAUGAUAAUAAUAGAGAAAGUUGUGUCAGAACACCUCAAUCAGAACCAACGCAAAUUUCUGAAGAGUUGAUAGGUGACAAGGUGAAUUCGACCGAUUAUGACAUUAUUAGCAUAACAUCUGUACCAAUAUUUUUCAAGAAAUGUCCUGAAGGUCAUGGCGAAUUAAACAGGUUUUCCGAUCCUUAUUGCGACACAACUUGCACCGAGUCUCAUGUACAAUUAUCAAAAGAGAUGGCUACAUAUGUUGUGUUGAAGCGUAAAGAUGAUUGA